AUGUGGGACUCGUUCGGUGACUUCUCACCUUCGAGGACUUUCGCCAACUUUGACGUUUUAUGGGAAGAAGGCAGCUGUCGGGAAAGGAUGAGCGACCGUCCAGAUCGACGUUUUUCUUCUGCUCCUCUCGAGGACGAACGACGACACCUAGGCUCUGAUCUUAUAUUCACCUCGACACUGCAAAUGCUAAAGGUAAGGGUCCACUGCGUUAACGGGAAGCAGCAAAAGAAUCGCGCGGAAUGCUGCCAGCGCCUGCUGCCGAAACUCGGCGACGAAUUUGUGAAGCGGAUCAUUUUCAGCGGUGAGAAGCUCUUCUUGAUCUCUCCGUCAAGGGACAGUAAUAAGGGACGCAUAUGGACCACCCUGAGAAAAAAAGAGCUCAGCCCGAGCGUGCUGCAAUCACCACGCUCCACCAGCCAGCGUGGCCUGAUGGUGUGGGCAGGAGUCUCGUGGAACGGUAAGACGGAGCUGCUGUUCGUGGAGCCUGGGUUGAAGAUUAAUGCCGAGUACUACGUCCAGCAGCUCAGAGAAGACAUUCUGCCGUCAUGUAGCCGCCUUUACCAUGACGGAAGCUUUGUGCUACAACAGGACUGGGCACCGUCCCAUGCAUCUAGGAAAACUCGCCUUUUUGGAUUCAGUGGGCGUCGAAUAUCUCAAGAAAACAGAAUAUCCGAGUGCGGCGUCGAAUAUCUUAAGAAGACAGAAUAUCCGACUAUAUAUCAGGAGAAUCGGAUCGAAAGCGGCUAUCACAAUUGCUAUUAUGCCGCUCAUAUUUCUGCUCCAACAAAUUUCUAA